UGAAAAACUACUUGUUGCUGCCAUAGCAACGGCUAAAAAGCGUAAACAAAAGGCGAAAAAUUUCGGGUUCUGCAAAAUGCAGCACAAGUGCAAUAGUAUUAAAAAAAAAACAUGAAUUUGUAGUAGUUUAAUGCUGAAAAUGUCGUUUGAGAAGAUAUUGUACAAAUACGAUGAGCCGCACGGCAUUGGCGACGUCUACUUCAUUUGGCAGAAGAGCGCGGGAGCUUUGCUGGCCACAACGGGCACCGAUGGCUCCGUGGCGUUGUACAAUCGCCAGGGCCAACUUGUGCAGCGCAUUAUAUUGGCCGGUUUGUGCUCUGGUUUUGCCUGGGAUUGCGAGGGUGACCUAUUGGGCAUCAUCACCAGCACAUCGCCGAAUAUAACGCUCUGGGAUUAUGCAACACAGCAGAAACUGACGGUAGAAUCGGGACUACGUGAUCCGCUCACAUGCAUACUGUGGUCCAAGCAGCAGCAACUGCUCGCUGUGGGCACAGGUCGCGGCAAUUUGUCCAUCUACAAUCAUCGCAGCGGCAAGCGUACCCCGGUGCUGGGCAAGCACAACAAGCGGAUUACAUGCGGCGCCUGGUCGGCACAAAAUCUGCUUGCUCUGGGCUCCGAUGACAAGAGUUUCUCGCUGAGCAGCGAGGAUGGCGACACGGUGCGCGUUGUCCAGCUGCGUGAUGCGCCCACAGACAUGUAUUUUGCGGAAAUGGCCAAUGAUGAGCGCAUCGCAGGUGACAAUGCCCUAAGCAUGAUCAUUGGCAAGCGUACGCUAUUUCUGUACUAUCUGCCGGAGCCGGAGAAUCCCACAGAGCUGGGCUUUCAGAGCCGGUAUGGUUCGCUGUUGCAGCACAAAUGGUUCGGCGAUGGCUAUAUACUGUUGGGCUUUUCGAAUGGUCAUGUGGUGGCAAUUUCCACGCAUCCUAAAGACGUGGGCCAGGAGCUGUGGCAAGUAAGAAAUCACAAGGAAACGCUAACCGGCUUGGCCUACUGCCCAUCACUGGACAUUGUCGCCUCCUGCGGGGAUGACAGCAUAAAAAUCCACUCGAUAACCAAUCUGCAGGAAACGGAACGCAUCAUCACAGUGCCGGAUCGCGCGAGUGUGCAAAUGAUUGACUGGUCGCCGGACGGACAACUGCUGGCGGUCACCACCAGCGGCGGCACCGUUUACACUUAUGUGACCAAGCUGCCGCACAUGUUUGCCGUCUCCGCGCCACGCUUCGUCAUGUUGAGCAGCCUGGCCGAGGUUUCGAUCUACGUUUAUGCGCCCGACAAAUCCAAAUCAUUGCCAUUUCGCCUGCCACUGGAAACGGAGCCGACGUUUUUAGCCAUUGGUCCCUAUAAUUUUGCUGCUGGAUUGGACAAGCACGUCUGGUUCUAUGAUCUGGGCAAGAGCCUGGGCGAUGAGCCGCGUCCGCUCAGUGAACGCGAUUUGCCGCAUGACAUUGCAGCCAUGAAACUGAAUGCGGAUUACUGCGCCGCACUGUGCCCGCCACAGCUCAUACUUCAGGCCAUAGCCGCAGACAAUCCUAACUGCAAGGACAAGCUGCAGGCGUGCUUUCCCAACGCGCUGCCAACCAUGCCCAGCGAUGCGGUCAUCACGUGCUUUGCCCUUAGCCAGGAGCUGCUCAUCUUUGCCACGGAUAUUGGCCACCUGGUCUUCUACUCGCUGGAAAAGUGGGACACCUGCACCAUCUAUCGCCACAGCAAUGGCAUACGUCAGCUUUUCGCAGACGUCGAGGGCACAAAAACAAUUUUCAUAGAUGAACAUGGACAGGGCUUUGUCUAUCUGCCCGCCUUAGAUCAGGAGGCGCUGUUGAUUGCGGAUCUGCCCAAGCAAUGCGUGGGCUGUCUGUGGGACUUAACGCAGUCGAACAUCUUUAUAAGCUAUGAUUCGCGUAUGGCUUAUACGCAUGUCUUUGCGCGUCACUCGGUGCGUGGCAGGCACACACAGAAGCUGGGCGAAACGAAGCUUAAUCCGGGCCAGGUGCCGCUGUUGGUGUGCGCUGGCGAAAUGGCGUUGCAUAUCGAUGGUGGCCAAUAUGCGACACAAUCCCUGAGCACACAUGUCAUCAAUCCCAGCAAUAGUCACUCGGAUAAUCUGCUGCUGCUGCUGCGGCUCAAGAAAUACGACGAGGCCUACAAGCUGUGCGAGCAGAUGCAAUUGGACAGUGCCUGGCGACAGUUUGGCGAGCAUGCAAUAGCGGAUUUGGAGCCGGAAAUAGCUCUGCGCGCCUAUCGCCAACUGGGUGAUGCUGCGCUGGUCAAGGCGCUGGACGAGCUGCGUUACAUAGAGGAUCUGCACAUGCUGAGCGGCUGCUGUUGCAUGCUGCUGGCUCAGUACGAUCAGGCCAAGGAGUAUUUGCUGAAGGGCGUUUACACACGCGCUGCACUGGAUCUCAGCCGUGAUCUGCUGCAGUGGGAUCAGGCGCUGCUGUUGGCGCACAAACAUGAGCCGCUCGAGGUGCCCUUCAUAGCGCGCGAGUACGCACAGCAGCUGGAGUUCACUGGCAACUAUGCGGAUGCUUUGUAUCACUAUGAGAAAGGCUACAAGGAGGACUUGAUAAACAAUGAGGAUACGGAACCGCCAACGCUGCUGCACAGCACGCCCGAAUACGAGGAGCAUGUGCGUCUGUGUAAAAUGGGGAUUGCGCGUACUUCCAUACGCGCAGGCGAUUUCCGACGUGGUAUUCAAUACGCUGUGGAGCUGCAGGACAAGCAGUUGCUCUUCGACUGCGCCGAGCUGCUGGCCACAGUGGGUCAUAUUACCGAGGCGGCGGGUCUGUACGAACGCGGCGGCUACUAUGAUGAGGCCUGCGGGCAUUAUAUAGCUCUUAAGAUGUGGCACAAGGCCAACAAUAUUUUGGGCCAUGUCAAGAGCAGCAAACUGCAUGCGGCCUAUGCCAAAGCCAAGGAAUCGGAUGGUCAUUUCGAGGAAGCGAUACGCAGCUAUCGCAUAGCCGGCGACUUAGAUGCCUGUGUCAGAAUCUAUCUGGAUCAUCUGUGCGAUCCACAUGCCGCCUCUGAAAUUGUGCUGGAAUCACGCUCCAUGGAUGCGGCCAAGCUGCUGGCCAAGUUCUAUCAGAAAAUUAAUGACAUUGAGCAGGCGCUGCAGUUUCUUGUUAUCUGCGGCUGUGUGGAGGAGGCUUUCGCCUUGGCCCAACGUCACAAUAAGCUGCGUCGUCAUGGCGAGCUCCUGGAACGCUACGAGAAUGCCAAAUCGGCUGACUAUCUGGCGCUGGCCCAUUACUUUGAGAGCGAGAAGUAUACGCUGCUGGCGGGCAAAUAUUACUUUCUGGCCAGGGAGUUUACCAAAGCAUUGCGCUUUCUGCUGAAAGCCUCCGCCUUCAGCAAUGAGGAGUCGCAGGCGCUUUCGCUGGCCAUUGACUGUGUGGCCACCUCCAACAAUGAGCAGCUGGCCACGCAGCUAAUUGAGUUUCUGCUGGGCGAAUCGGAUGGCGUGCCCAAAGAUCCGCGUUAUUUAUUCCGCUUGUAUAUGGCGCGCAAGCAUUACAAGGAUGCGGCCAAGACGGCUGUCAUUAUAGCCAAUCAGGAGCAACUGGCCGGCAACUACAAGUCUGCACGAGAUUUGCUUUACUCAAUGUACCAGGAGCUGCGACGCAAUAAUCUAUCGGUCACUGCCGAAAUGCGCCACAACCUGAUACUGCUGCAUCGCUAUACGCUGGUGCGCAUCCAUGUCAAGCUGGGCAAUCAUCUGCUAGCCGCCAAAUUGCUGGUGCAGGUGGCCGCCUGCAUAUCACAGUUUCCGGAGCACAUUGUGCCCAUACUCACUUCUACAGUGAUUGAAUGCCAUCGCGCAGGACUCAAGAAGUCCGCCUUUAUGUAUGCCUCCAUGCUGAUGCGUCCGGACUAUCGCAAUCAGCUGGAUACUCGUUACAUCAAGAAGAUCGAAUCGAUUGUGCGCAAAGCGCCCAAGGGCGUAAAGCAGCUGCGCGACGAAAUCGACGACGAGACUAUGGAAUGUCCCAUAUGCGAUGCCAAUUUGGCCAACAUGGAGGUCACCUGCUACAGCUGCAAGACCACGCUGCCCAUCUGCAUAGCAACGGGCCAGCACGUAAUCAAGCAACAAAUGACAUCGUGUCCGCAGUGCGAUUUUCUAUGCUUUCGCGCCGAAAUGGAAAACAUACUCUCGGAGAAUGGCGACUGUCCCAUGUGUGGGGAGCGCGUGGCGCCUGAGCAGCUGCUCGAUGUGGAGGAUAUACGCCCCUAUAUCUUGGCCGCCACCUAGACGCAAUACUUUAGUACUUAAGCAAACUAAUAGACUGCACUGAACAACACCAAAAAGUAUUUAUAAGUUCUUUAGAGCAUUUUGUACAUGAUGCCUGGCACCAAUUACACUGAUACAGAAAA